AUGUCAUCUGCUCAAGACGAGUUCAAUCAACUCAUAAACAACAACCGGGAGAAAUUCUCUUCUCAUCCUGAGGACCGUGAUAACGACUCGGUUCACUCCUCUGACGCAUCCUCGGACCACGACGAACCCCAAUUCUCCGACGCCGAAGACACUCCCUCUGCCAUGCACUCCCGCAACCCCAGCAGUUAUCGCGUCCCCAACACCGUGUUCGACGCCAACACUGGCCCCAAGGGUGUCAUCGCCGAUGCCCAGGCCUUUGAGCGUGCUCGCAAGAGCUCCUUCCGCAGAACUCUUCUCGGCGUCGCUGGUCUCGAUCGCUCCCACUACAACAAGUCCGUCAACGACGACGCUACACUCCUCCAGAACUCCUCCCCACCAGAUGGAUCUUCCGCCAGCGAUGAUGAGGAACGGUUCCUUCACCAAUGGCGCGCGGCCCGCAUGCAGGAAAUGCAGGCCCGCAGCCUGAGGAAGCCUAGUCCCCGUCGCAAGUUGUACGGGUCUGUGGAUAUUGUCGAUGCGGUGGGAUACCUGGAUGCUAUUGAGAAGGUCACAUCCGGCACGGUAGUAGUCGUCUGCGUUUAUGACCCAGAGUCCACAACCAGCAGCAUUGUUGAAGACUCUCUCAACACCAUUGCUCGUCGUCAACCCACUGUUCACUUCGUCAAGCUCCACCACGAGAUCGCCGAGAUGGAUCACAUCGAAGCCCCCGCUCUGCUAGCAUACAAGGAUGGCGAUGUCUUUGCUACGAUCGUCGAGAUUUUGAGACAGAUUCCCAAGGGUCGGAGCUGCAGCGCAGACAGUCUUGAAGACCUGCUCAGAUCAUACCGUAUCUUGUAA